AAGGGGAGACCCGAAAAGUGUGGGUUCCGAAUUGAGAAGGUUGGACGUAUUGGCCAUGGCGAACUCGCAGCUGCUGGCACCGGAGUUAAGCGAGGCAGAGACGAUAGGUGCUGAGACGGCGCGAUUCGAGGAGCUGCUGCUGCAGGCUUCCAAGGAGCUCCAGCAAGCCCAGACAACCAGACCAGAAUCUACACAAAUCCAACCUCAGCCUGGUUUCUGCAUAAAGACCAACUCAUCGGAAGGCAAGGUUUUCAUCAACAUCUGUCACUCUGCCUCCAUCCCUCCUCCAGCUGACGUGACCGAGGAUGAGCUUCUUCAAAUGCUGGAGGAGGACCAAGCUGGGUUUCGCAUCCCCAUGAGUCUGGGAGAGCCUCAUGCCGAACUGGAUGCAAAAGGCCAGGGCUGCACCGCCUACGACGUAGCUGUCAACAGCGACUUCUACCGGAGGAUGCAGAACAGCGAUUUCUUGCGGGAGCUCGUGGUCACCAUUGCCAGGGAGGGCCUUGAGGACAAAUACAGCCUGCAGCUGAAUCCGGAAUGGCGCAUGUUGAAGAACCGAACUUUCCUGGGCUCCAUCUCCCAGCAGAACAUCCGCUCCCAGCAGCGUCCUCAGAUCCAGGAGCUGGGGAACCUGGACACGCCCGACUCCAGGAGACAUGAGGAAGGCCCCGAGAAGCCUCACCUGAACCUCUGGCUGGAAGCCCCUGACCUUCUGUUGGCCGAAAUUGACCUCCCCAAACUGGACAGAGCACUGGGGCUGUCGCUGGAGAUCGGGGAGAACCGCCUGGUGAUGCGGGGCCCCCAGCAGCUGUAUCACCUGGAUGCCUACAUCCCCCUGCGGGUCAACUCUGAUGAGAGCAGGGCAGCCUUCCACCGGAAGAGAAAGCAAUUGAUGGUGGCCAUGCCCCUUCUGUCUGUGCCUUCCUGACCAGGUUGUCUCCCUAUGCUUUCAGAUGUGGAGAACAGGCCGGUGGCUUCCCUAAAAUUGAAAUAAAAGAUUUUUGCCUUUG